AUGUCCGCCCGCCAACCCGCACGACCACGGCGCAUCGAUGACGCGCUCUCGCAGCUCGUCGACUCCCUCGCGCCCCCGUUGUCGCAUUCGGAUCUCCGGGGCGAGUACGAAGGCGAUGCGGAGGAGGCCUUGGCCGCCGCUGAAGAAAGACGACACCAAGCAUACCUCGAGCGCUCGUGGUUCAUCAUCAACUCCUACACCAGCACCUCGAGUGACCUAGCCUCACCGUCCGGUCCCACGACGUAUGGCGUCAAUCGCCGCGGAAGCUUAGCCGGAGGCGAGAAUGUCAACAACGCGGUGGACCUCAUCAAGCGGAAACUUCUGCGUGAGAACGACAGCCCCGAGCAAGCGGUUCGAUUUUCCAAUCUCUACUCCCGCCUAUUGACCCAGCCGGUCCUCUCUCAAAAGUGGGCGAUCCUCUAUCUCCUCUAUCGACUCUCGAGCACGGAUGACGAUGAAGAGCAUGGGUUCGAGGGUGGAAACCGAAGUCCUCAGUUCGAGCCGGUGCACCUGCAAAGUCCCCUCUUCAAGAACCAGAGGAUAAACCCGGGCCGCGGGCCUAGGGUAUCGGAAAUUUCAGACGAGGACGGGCCUGCUGCCAGCUCCUCGGCAUCUCAGAUCCCCGCGCGAAUCGAGCGGCAAGCUGCGCUGAGACGGCAGCAGGAGAUGGGAUCGGAGAGGGAGCCGCUGGAGUUGGAGCCGGAGACCUCUGCACCAGCGGCAAGAUCCCGGGAGGUGCGGGCCACGCGUAGCCGUGCCAAUACGGGAGUACGAGAACCUCCUCUCGAAGAGCCAAAAGGUGUGCAGCCGGAGGCGGACUCGGAACAGCAACCAAAGCCAGACACACCCCAGGAACCGCGGCUUCUCCGUGACCUUCCUUUCAAUCUGCAAGGGUUGUCUUCCUCGAAUCUGCAAUUCGAAUCCUCGACGAUCUUGAAUCUGCCUCCCUCUGUACCGGUACCCAUAAUCUCUCUGCUAAACUCCCUUGCUGAGCCGUGCCUGUUGUAUCGUGGCGUAUCGGCUUUCGUAGGGAGUCCGACAAGUGGGCUUCUAAGUCAAAGCCUCCAGGCAGCCCUUGCCAACAAGCUUCAAUCUUAUCUGGGUCUAGUUGCUACCUUGGAAGGAGAGAUUCGACGGGCCUUGGCUUCACCACCAGACCCUAAUAACCCCAGAAGCACAGCCACCAGCGGUGUCACGCUAAAGCGAUGUGUUGUCUGGACAAGGGACGCGACGAUGGCACUACGGUUGAUGAAUUUAAUUGUCGAGGAGGCACAGCACAAAAAGGGCGGCCAAUUGAUUUCGUUGAUCCACGGGCUCUCAACCUCUCAUGGUGACCCUUUCGUACGUGACUUCGCGGAAAAGCUUCUCGCCCAUGUGACUCGACCCUUCUACGACAUGCUACGGUCAUGGAUCUACGACGGUGAGCUGUCGGAUCCAUACAAAGAAUUUUUUGUGGUCGAGCCGGAAUCCAGACCCAGUGUAGACCCGCGUCGAACCGCGACUUCUGUCUGGGACGACAAGUACACGCUCGCCGAAGAAAUGGUGCCCUCGAUCAUAACCCAGGACUUUGCGCAGAAAAUCCUCCGAAUUGGCAAGUCUUUGAACUUCAUUCGCUACGACUGUGGAAACUCUGGAUGGGUAGAGGAAUACUCUAAAGAAACCUCGAAGGAACUGCACUAUGGCGAUACGGCUGGUCUCGAGGCAUCGAUUGAUGAGGCCCACAAGACAACUAUGGCGCGGUUGAUCUACCUCAUGGACGACAAAUUCAAGCUCUUUGAGCACCUUCAAGCGCUGAAGAAGUACAUGUUGUUGGGCCAGGGUGAUUUCAUCGCCCUGUUGAUGGAAUCACUGGCGUCCAAUCUUGAUCGUCCAGCACACUCGCAAUACAGACAUACUUUGACCGCGCAACUAGAACAUGCAAUCCGUGCUUCCAACGCGCAGUUUGACUCGCCAGACGUGCUCAGACGGCUGGAUGCUCGGAUGUUAGAAUACAGCCAUGGCGAGAGCGGCUGGGACUGUUUCACACUCGAAUACAAAGUCGAUCCUCCAGUCGACGUGGUCAUUACACAAUAUGCAUCGAGCCAGUACCUGAAAGUGUUCAACUUCCUGUGGCGCAUAAAACGCGUCGAAUUUGCCCUGGGAAGCACCUGGCGUCGAUGCAUGACAGGUGCUCGCGGCGUACUAGGCAGCGUCAACGACAAAGUCGGCUCGGACUGGAAGAGAGCACGGUGCGUCAUCGCCGAGAUGAUCCAUUUCGUCUGUCAGCUUCAGUUUUACAUCCUCUUCGAAGUCAUCGAGGCCAGCUGGGAUAAACUACAAGCGUCUAUCUCUAAGCCCGGCUGCACACUGGACGACCUAAUCGGAGCCCACAAGGAAUAUCUUGAAUCCAUCACGCGCAAGGGUCUCCUGGGCUCCCCUGCCGUAUUCAAGACCACCACUCCCCAAGAAGAGGAUUUCCUUAGCCAGUUGCACUACAUCCUCAAGGUCAUGUUGGCCUACAAAGACGCCGUGGACGGCCUCUACUCCUUCUCCGUUGCCGAGUUCACGCGUAGACAAGAACUCAGCGCGAGAAUCGAGACACGCACCGCUCAAGGCCGUUGGGGCCUCACCGACAGCGACGUCCUUUCAUCCUCCUCCAGACGAACCCGGGCUCACAAAGACUCGGUCUCAUCCAUGUCCCCAUCCCUGGCAGCAUUCACUCCCAACCUAGGAGGUGACGACAUCGGCACCCCCUCAUCGCUCGCCGACCACGGAGAUCUCUCUGCAGACGAUCAGAUGCUCGCAUCCCUACAGACCCGCCUCCGCGACCUUUCUGCAGAGUUUCGAUCCCGGCUCAACGUCUUUUUGGGCGAUCUCGCAUACCAGCCGGACGUGGACAUGCGCUUCCUUGGCGUCGUGAUGAAUUUUAACGACGUCUAUCAACCGGCUCGGAAACGACGAAGCACGGGGUCAGGGAGCUCGCGCGACAAACACAGAGCGAGGCGAAGGGCGGCCGCCGCCAAUGAAGCUGCUACUUCCGCGGCUACUUCCACCAUCGCGGUCGAAGAAAGCAGACCGGCAUCUGCAUCCAAGGAACCGACAGCCCGACGGGAAAGGAAAGAUCCGAAAACGAGCGGCAAUGGGAACGAGAGCGGGAGUGCCAACUGAUCCCGUCUUCUUUUCUUCUUUUCUCUUCUGCAUUGAAACUGGUUGGGAUCGACCUUUAGGGGCUAGAUUUACCGGCG